AUGAUGGAAGGAGGAGAGUGUUGUUCCAGAACUGCAGAGAAAAGGAAGCAGAGAGAACACCAACAGGAUAAGCCUUACAGAGGGAUAAGGAUGAGGAAGUGGGGGAAGUGGGUGGCUGAGAUAAGAGAACCAAACAAGAGGUCUCGGAUUUGGCUUGGCUCUUACUCUUCGCCGGUUGCCGCUGCUCGUGCCUAUGACACAGCCGUGUUCUAUCUCAGAGGCCCUUCUGCGAGAAUUAACUUCCCGGAUUUAGUUCUCGAAGAAGACGAACUUCACGACCUCUCUGCCGCUUCCAUACGCAAGAAAGCUACAGAGGUUGGAGCUAGGGUUGAUGCUCUCCAACAAACUGAAGUUCAGCCGUCAACGGAAUCGAAUUCCGGCCGGACUUCAGAGACGCCGGACUUGAAUGAAUACCCAAGUCCAGAAACCUCCUCGCAAGGCAGAGAACAGGUGGAUUGGACAAUAGACGACGAUCUAAGUGAGAGGUGGCAAAGGGCGGCAAAUGAAGUGAGAGACUAUGAGAGUAAAAGGCUGAGCAAGGUUGAGUCAGAGAACGGGGGAGUGACGGAGGCGCAAGAGUUUGAAGUGAACGAUAAACCCUAA